UAGCUCAUCAAUAAUAAUAGUCAGAAAAAAAGCCACCUCCAACUUUCUCCGCAACAACGUCACCUAAAAUCACUUCCCCACCCCUCCCAAUUCCUUGUCCACUUUCCCAAACUAACCCCUAUCCUCCAAUAUAACUCCGUGAAAUGUGGAGGGCAUUUUAGUCAAAUCAGUUAUCAAUCAGAUUAAGACAGGCAAGGUCCACCAACCCAUCCGGCAGCAAAGAAACAUCAUCAGUCCGGUGACGGAUUUCCCGGAACUAACCAAUCAAAUCCCAACACGUGUCCUGGUCAAACUCUCCAUUUUCUUCCACGUGUCCCCACCUCACCGACGCCGUCAAAUCUUUCCCCCCCCCUCUCUCUCUCUCUGUUUUUCCGUCAACGGAAACAACAAAAAAGUUUUUAAUCCCAAAAACGACGUCGAAACACUCCUCCGUCAAUAUAUUCCGCCGGUCAACCCAAAAACCCUAACCCUACCUUCUCUCUCUCUCUCCUCUUCCCUUUCUCUCUCUACUCUCUCUCUCUCUAGCCGGCGAUCAGAUCGGAUCAGAUCGGAGUUGUUUUCCAUGGAAGACGACGAAGAAAUCCAGUCACAACCCUCGCCCGACACCGGAUCUCCGGCCUCGCCAGGUACGAACGGUAGAAUCACGGUCACCGUCGCCGCCGCGCCGCCGCAGAACACCCUGACCUUGGCCCUCCCCAUCCAGCAGCCGAGGUCUGCCGGAAGCGGCGGCGGAGGAGGAAGAGAAGAUUGCUGGAGCGAAGGAGCGACAUCGGUGCUAAUCGAGGCAUGGGGAGAACGAUACAUGGAGCUGAGUAGAGGGAAUCUGAAGCAGAAGCAUUGGAAAGAAGUGGCUGAUAUAGUCAGUAGCCGAGAAGAUUACGGAAAAACGCCUAAAACCGAUAUUCAGUGCAAGAAUCGGAUCGAUACGGUCAAGAAGAAAUACAAGGUUGAGAAAUCGAAGAUCGCCGGCGGUGGUGGACCUAGCAAGUGGCCUUUUUUCGAACGACUCGACCAAUUGAUCGGUCCUACUGCGAAGAUCGCAUCUGGUACAUCGACGACUCCGAAUCAUCUUCUUACACCUGGAGCCCCUCACAAAGUCCCUGUAGGAAUUCCUGUUGGCGUUCGAUCAGUUCACGAAUUCAAACAACAUCAACAAAAUCAACAACAGCAAAAACUGAAGCAGAAGCAGCAGAAUCAGAAGCAGAAACAGAAACAGGCGUUUCGUAAACAAGCUCCGGUCGAUUCCGACUCGUCUAGGUCGGAACCAGACCCUCCAUCUCCGGACUCAACUGAUAGUUUUCCUCCGGAGCCGUAUAGGCCGAAGAGGCCUAGGGUUCAGAGAGACAUGAAUUCGAAUGCGAAUGCGAAUGCGAAUGCGAUGGUGGUUCGUCCGGUGAUGAUGAAUCAGGGGACUAGGGAUGGAGUAGGAGGAGGAGGAGGUAGAGGUGGGGGGAGAGAUAAGAAUUGGGGGAAUUCGGUGAGGGAGUUGACUCGGGCGAUUCUGAAGUUCGGGGAAGCGUACGAGCAAGCGGAGAGCUCGAAGCUGCAACAGGUGGUGGAGAUGGAGAAGCAGAGAAUGAAGUUUGCAAAAGAGCUUGAAUUGCAAAGAAUGCAGUUUUUCAUGAAGACACAAUUGGAGCUUUCGCAGCUGAAGAAUAGGAGGGUUGGGAGUAGCAAUCAUCACAGCAAUAACAAUAACAACAAUAAUAAUAAUAAUAACAAUAAUAAUAGUGAUAGUAGUAGUUAGAUUUAUGGGUGAAAGACCCGGUUUGAUCGGUUUAUGAGAGAAAUUUGUAUCUGAAUUGUAGUCUUGAAUGUUUAUUUUUUGCUUUUGUUGAUUUUCAUGUCAAAUUUAACUUUGUCAAAUGUUCCAAGACAUGUAUUUAUUUAAUGCAGAACUUUGAAGUUUGAUUAUUGCA